AUGGGUUUCACAAGCGGCGGCGAAAAGAGCACCAGCUCGACUGUGGAGAUGGAGAAGGAGAGUAUCAUCUCAAACGAACCCGCUCCCAUGGGCGCGUGGAAAGCAUACUGGAGGGUCUUCAAGUAUGCACAGACUACAGACUUGAUCAUGAUUGGCAUUGCUGGCAUUGCUGCGUGUGCAUCUGGAGUCGGGAUUGCCUCUCAAAACAUAAUAUUCGGAAAAUUCGUCACCGAGUUUACCGACUUCGACACGGGAAAUGCGGCGGCGGAUAGCUUGCGAUCGUCGAGUGCGACGCUCGCGUUGUACUUUUUCCUCUUGGGCGUUGGCAGAAUGGUGAUGGCGUACAUUUACAACUUCCUCCUCACAUUUAGCGCGUACCGCAUUGUGCGAAACAUUCGACAUGCAUACCUCAAGGCUGCAUUACGACAGGAGGUGGCCUAUUUUGACCUUGGGACCAGUGGAUCGAUUGCAACUCAAGCAUACUCUAAUGGUCGCCUUGUCCAAGCUGGUAUCGCGGAGAAGUUGGGACUCACUAUCCAAGGCCUAUCAGCUUUCUUCAGCUCCUUUGUCAUUGCCUUCGUUACCAAUUGGAAGCUUACGCUCAUCAUUUGUUGCAUCGCGCCUUUAACAGUCGGUGUCAUGAUUGGGUGUGCUUUCAUCGAAGCCGGUUACGAGGCCAAGAUUCUUGAAAGGUAUGCCGAUGCCAACUCCUUCGCCGAGGGAGUCAUUGCUAGCAUCCGUACUGUUCACGCAUUCGAUAUGAGGGCGGAAUUGGUCAACCGAUUCGACGGAUUCCUUGUACAAGCGCACCGCUAUGGCAAGAAGAUUUCACCUCUUUUCGGUAUCCUGUUCUCGGCUGAGUACACCAUCAUCUAUCUGGGCAACGCACUUGCCUUCUGGAGAGGUAUCCAUAUGCUUGCCAGUGGAGAGAUUGCGAAUACUGGAGAUGUCUUCACGGUAUUGAUGUCCGUCGUUAUCGCCGCGCUCAGCAUCACUCAACUGGCUCCUCAUUCUAUCGAGUUCACUCGUGCCGCGUCUGCGGCCGCUCAGCUCUAUGUGGUCAUUGAUCGAAAGACCGCCAUCGACCCCAUGGAUCCGUCUGGUGAAGUGCCAACUUCAAUCACCGGGGAUGUCGAGCUUGAGAAUGUUGUAUUCGCCUACCCGACACGACCUGAUGUUACUGUACUCAAGAGCUUCUCUCUUCGCGCACCAGCUGGAAAAGUUACAGCUCUUGUAGGACACAGCGGAUCCGGAAAGAGCACUAUAGUCGGUCUUUUGCAGCGAUGGUAUAACCCUGCCUCGGGAACUAUUAAGCUUGAUGGUCGAUCCAUCGACUCAUUGAAUAUCUCCUGGCUACGAAGGAACGUCCGUCUGGUACAGCAAGAACCUGUUCUAUUCCGUGGAUCCGUUUUCGAUAACAUUGCCAAUGGUCUCUACGGUACCGACUUAGAAAAGGCUUCGAAAGAAGAGCAGAUGAAACACGUUGUAGCCGCCGCCAAAACCGCUUACGCCCACGACUUCAUCGAGCAACUCCCUCAUGGUUACGACACAGAAAUUGGUCAGCGCGGAGGUCUACUUUCCGGCGGUCAGAAGCAGCGUAUUGCCAUUGCACGCAGUCUCGUAUCGAACCCCAGAGUUCUCUUGCUCGAUGAAGCAACCAGUGCACUCGACCCCCAUGCCGAAGGAAUCGUCCAACAAGCCCUUGAUCAAGCUUCCGCUGGCCGCACCACCAUCGUUAUCGCACACAAGCUAGCCACUGUCCGCAAUGCGCACAACAUCGUCGUCAUGUCCAAGGGAGAAAUUGUCGAGCAAGGAACGCAUAACGAGCUCCUCGCUAUGAAGGGAGCGUAUUCGCGUCUCGUUACCAUCCAACAACUUACCGUUGAAGGCGAAGACUCUCCCGAAGGCACGGAAGUAGAAGUAUCUGACGAAAAGUCGCUAAAAGAAGAUCCCGAAGAUAAGGAAGCCGCAAUCUAUCGCUCGACUACCAAUGCAGCAAGUAUCCGCACACAGGCUGGAGCUGGUAGAUAUAGCGACGAAGGCACGAAUCAACUUGGAUUGCUUGCUACCAUCUGGCGCCUUAUCUACGAGACCCCGGAUUUGAAAUGGGCGUACUUGGCCAUGUUUUCCGGCUGUUUCCUUUCUGCGGGCUUGUUUCCUGGCCAAGCCAUUCUCAUGGCCUACAUGAUUGACGUUUUCACUCUGACGGGAAAGGAAAUGACUGAUGAGGGUAACUUCUUCGCAGCCAUGUUUGUUGCCCUUGCCGGUGCUUGUUUGUUCUCCUACUAUGCAAUGGGAUGGGGAACGAACACGCUUGCACAGGCUUUGGCACACAACCUGCGAAAACAAAUCUUCAACGACAUUCUCCGCCAGGAUAUCGAGUACUUUGAUCGCUCGGAAAACAACAUCGGAGCACUCACCAGCCGUAUCGAUGCUUACCCCCAGGCCGUAUUCGAACUGAUGGGCUUCAACAUCGGAUUCAUUCUCAUUGCCGGACUGAGUAUCAUUAUCUGCUCUAUUCUGGGUAUCGUGUACGCCUGGAAGCUCGGCUUGGUCAUCGUCCUUGCAGGAACGCCUGCCGUCAUUGGCUUUGGAUGGAUCAAGAUGAUUCUUGAUGGCAGGCUUGACCGUCUCGUUGCCAAGCGGUUGUCGACGAGUUCUGCGAUUGCGUCGGAAUCAACAACGGCUAUCCGCACAGUGUCUUCUCUGGGAAUUGAGAGGGCGAUUCUGGAUCGAUACACGUUUGAAUUAGAUCAAGUAGUGAAGGGAUCACGACAGCCGCUUCUGUUUGUUAUGUUUUGGUUUGCUUUGACUCAGGCUUCCGAGUACUGGUUUAUGGCUCUCGGAUUUUGGUAUGGAUGUCGACUCGUUGCCGCUCGGGAAAUCACCAUCUUCGACUUCUUCGUUUCCUACAUGGCCGUCUUCUUCUGCGCACAAUCGACAUCUCAAAUCUUCCAAUUCUCAACCAGUAUCACCAAAGGCAAGAACGGCGCCAACGCCAUCUUCUGGCUCAAGCAAAUCCAACCAGUCGUCCAAGAAACACCCGAAAACAAAGACAACAGCCCCGACCCAGAAGGCUCUCUGCAACUCGCCGAAACAAGCUUUGCCUACCCUCUCCGCCCACACGCCCCCGUUCUCAAAAACAUCAACCUCGAAGCCCGCAGAGGCCAAUUCAUCGCCCUAGUCGGCGCCUCGGGCUGCGGCAAAUCCACCAUAAUCUCCAUGCUAGAACGCUUCUACGACCCUUCCAGUGGCGCCGUCCUGCUCGGCUCCCAAGACCUCACCACCAUCAACCCGCGCAAGUACCGCGCCCAAGUCGGCCUCGUCCAACAAGAACCCACCUUAUUCCAAGGCACAAUCCGCGAGAACAUCGCACUUGGCAUUUCCAACCCGACCGCCAACACCAUCCUCGACAGCGGCGCCGUCUCAGACGCUGACAUCGAGCGCGCCCUCCGCGCCGCAAACGCCUGGGACUUUGUCUCUUCGCUACCCGAAGGCGUGAAUACCGCCGCUGGCCCCAACGGAACUCAACUAUCCGGCGGCCAGCGCCAACGCAUCGCCAUUGCACGCGCUCUAAUCCGUAAUCCACGCAUUCUCCUCCUCGACGAAGCCACCAGCGCCCUCGACACCGAAAGCGAAAAGAUUGUACAAAAUGCGUUGGCAGAGGCGGCGAACGACGGCGAUCGCAUUACAGUAGCUGUAGCGCACCGUCUAUCGACGAUCAAAGAUGCAGAUGUCAUUUGUGUGUUUUAUGGCGGCAGGAUCGUGGAGCAAGGUACGCAUGCGGAGUUGUUGACGGGAAGUGGCACGUUGUAUAAGAAAAUGUGUGAAGCGCAGAGUUUGGCGUAG